GCUCGGGUCCUUUCGUCUUCCCGGCUCCGCUGAGAGAGCUGCCCUUCGCUGCCCGGUGUUUUGAGGCCAAGAUCCCGAGAGGGAUUUUUUUGACCAGUAGGAGUAGGGUGGGCGCGUCAGUUGGUUAAUCGAGGUUGCAUUUGUAAUCCCUCAAACAGCCCAGUGAAAGCGGAAGAGUCCCCGGCCGCCUAAAGGUUGCAGAAGCGGGGGAACUUGUCGCCCGUUUGGCAAAGUCCAUGAUCAAGUGGUGCCAGCAGGAAGUUCUUCAUCUAGAGUCAUAGUACACGUGGAUCUGGAUUGCUUUUACGCACAAGUAGAAAUGAUCUCAAAUCCAGAACUAAAGGGCAAACCUUUAGGGGUUCAGCAGAAAUGUUUGGUGGUUACCUGCAACUAUGAAGCUAGGAAACUUGGAGUUAAGAAACUUAUGAAUGUCAGAGAUGCAAAAGAAAAGUGUCCACAGCUAGUAUUAGUUAAUGGAGAAGAUUUGACUCGUUACAGAGAGAUGUCAUAUAAGGUUACAGAGUUGUUGGAAGAAUUUAGUCCAGUUGUUGAGAGACUCGGAUUUGAUGAAAAUUUUGUGGAUCUAACAGAAAUGGUUGAGAAGAGACUAGAGCAGCUUCAAAGUGAUGAACCCUCAGCACUGACUGUGUCGGGUCAUGUAUACGGUAAUCAGUCUAUAAACCUGCAUGACAUCUUGCACAUCAGACUACUUAUUGGAUCUCAGAUUGCAGCUGAGAUGCGGGAAGCCAUGUAUAACCAGUUGGGUCUCACAGGCUGUGCCGGAGUGGCUUCUAAUAAAUUAUUGGCAAAAUUAGUGUCUGGCAUCUUUAAACCAAAUCAGCAAACACUCUUACUACCUGAAAGUUCUCAAGAUCUCAUUCAUAGUUUGAACCACAUAAAGGAAAUGCCUGGUAUUGGCUAUAAAACUACUAAACGUCUGGAAGCACUGGGUAUCAGUAGUGUGCGUGAUCUUCAAACCUUUUCAUCCAAAAUAUUAGAAAGGGAAUUAGGAAUUUCAGUUGCUCAGCGUAUCCAGAAGCUCAGUUUUGGAGAGGAUAACUCUCCUGUGACACCCUCAGGACCUCCUCAGUCCUUUAGUGAGGAAGAUUCAUUCAAAAAAUGUUCAUCAGAAGUUGAAGCUAAAAAUAAGAUUGAAGAACUACUUGCUAGUCUUUUGAACAGAGUCUGCCAAGAUGGAAGGAAGCCACAUACAGUAAGAUUAAUAAUCCGUCGGUAUUCAUCUGAGAAGCACUAUAGCCGUGAGAGUCGUCAGUGCCCAAUUCCAUCCCACAUAAUUCAGAAGUUAGGGACAGGAAAUUAUGAAGUGAUGACCCCAAUGGUUGAUGUACUUAUGAAACUUUUUCGAAAUAUGGUGAAUGUGAAGAUGCCAUUUCAUCUUACCCUUUUAAGUGUGUGCUUCUGCAACCUUAAAGCCCUAAAUACUGCUAAGAAAGGGACUAUUGAUUAUUAUUUAACACCAUCAUUAUCAACAACUUCACGCUCUGGCAAGCACAGUUUUAAAAUGAAAGACACUCAUAUGGAGGAGUUUUCUAAAGACAAGGAAACAAAUUGGGAUUUUCUACCAACUGGAAGAAUUGAAAGAACUGGGGAGUCUCCACCAGAUACUACAGGUUUUUCUAAAGAAAAAGACAGUAAUGAAUUUCCACUCUCCUCACUUCCUGAGGGUAUUGACCAAGAGGUCUUUAAGCAGCUUCCAGUAGAUAUUCAAGAAGAAAUCCUUUCUGGAAAAUCUAGAGAAAAAGUUCAAGGGAAAGGAAGUUUGAGCUGUCCAUUACAUGCUUCUAGAGGAGUAUUAUCUUUCUUUUCUACAAAACAAAUGCAAGCUGGUUCCUUAAAUCCUAGGGAUCAUUUAUCCAAUACCAAACAGAUAUCCUCUGUAUCUCCCUGUGAACCAGGAACAUCAGGCUUAAAUAGCAGUAGUUCCUCUUAUGUGUCUAACCAAAAGGAUUAUUCACAUUAUAUAGACAGUAACUUAAAAGAUGAACUAAUGAGUCAAGGACCUAAAGAGUCUCAAGGAUUCCACUUUUCAAAAACAGACCCUGCUGUAUCUGUUUUCCAUUCAUUUCCAAAUGUGCAGAGUGAGCAACUUUUCUCCAAAAACUGCACUACAGACAGCCAUAAACAACCGAUGGCAACAGUCUUUAUUCAUGAAGGACUUACAGAAAAUAGAGAGCAAGAUUCUACCAAAGAGAAAAUUACUUUUCCUUCUGACGUUGAUCCUGAAGUUUUCUAUGAACUACCAGAAGAGGUACAAAAAGAACUGUUGGCUGAUUGGAAGAGAACAGGAUCAGAUUUCCACACUGAACAUAAAUAAGCAUGCUCAGAAAAAAGGGAAAGACGGUUGUUCUCAGAUUAACAGUUUAUUAAGCUCUUCUAAAUUAAACACUAAUACUUUCAAUAAUGUAGAAACACAAUAUAAAAUGUUCCAAAUAAAGCAAAUAUAGUUAUGGGAAGUAAAUUCUGGCACAAAGCAUAAAAAUAUUCAUAACAGAAAUAAUGUAAAAUAUUACCUUCCUCUUAUUUCUAAAGCUAUUUUAUAUUGCUUUUCAAUAAAAAGAAUAUUAUGGUCAGCAUUAGUACAUUUUCCAUUCAUUGUGGAAACAUUGGGAGGAAGAUAUCUAUGACUGUACAUAAAAAAUAGAGUGGCCAAAUCAUUGGUAUGCUGUACCAAAGA